AAAACCAUCAUUUGCAGCAAAUAAUAAAACAGACCAUCUUCUCACGUUAUCCUGGUUACAACGAUUAUAUUCUUGGAAUAUAUAUAAUUUAUAUUUCUUCGACGUCUGUUUCAAAUAGUUCUGUAAAGUUAAAUCCACAUCUCAAAGUAAAUUUCAUUUCCCUUGGGAGAUGGAAGAGUUUUAUAAACGCUAUGAUGAAUGAAAGCCUUCAAAUGUUGGAGAAUGAUUUUGAUCAUAAAGAGUUUCUGCCCACUGUAGCCGCGUGUCGUGGCACAAAUUCUGUUGCUAGUUCUGAAAAACAGAAUGGUAUUAUCUUUCAGCAGUGCACAGAAUUUAGUUUAUCUUUCAACCGUGGUCAAGUUAUUCCUCUUCAACUUGGAGCUGAGCUGAAAGGUGGGAAAAUGGUGCCAACUAUUCAUCUGUUGGAAAUUUCAAGGAAUGUGAAAUGCUGUAUUCAACACAUGUCUGAUCCAAUUGAGUUCUUUGGAGCUUAUGCUAAUAGACAUGCAGGCAACAGACGAAUGAAACCAGGUGAAUACAUUCAAGUAUGGUCGGAAAUAUUUCGAAUGGAAUCCAUAACCAAUGCAACAAAGUCUUUAUCGGUAGUCAUUAAUCAUUUACCUAUCAGAUUUUGCAGUUCUAACAUUGGAGAUGGCUUUUUCGUAUUACAGAAAAAGUUUUGUCUACAGCGAGAUUUGGAUUUUCAAUGGGAAGAAACAGACAAGGAUGGUAAAUUUGUUCCUUUUGAAAGGAACUUUCUAUGCAUUCGGUGCGAGAUAUUGAAUGGCUGUCCGUCUGAAGAUGGUUUUAAUUUGUCGCCAAACAAGAGAUGGAUUUGGGUUGGUCAUGGAGAAACAAAAUUUAUCCAAAAAAACAAAGACAAUAGCGAGGUUAAAGUGCAUUUCCAGUUGCAUAAAAAAAGUAAAAAACCAGUAUUUUCAAUGAUUGAUGCCACGACUUGUAUUUGUACAAUUGAAAUACUUCAGAUGUCAAUUUCAGAGAGACGUAUUGAAAUAAAUUUGAACAAACUUGAUAAUGCAACGAAGCUGGCGAGGUCAAUAGCCUUGAGAGAAGUGAUGCCUAAACUGGAUGAUCGACACUUGAACUUAGGAAAACUUAAAGAACUGAAUAGGUUCAAAGAAGAUUUUCUGCGAAACAAUGAUGAACAGUCAACAGCGAUUAAAGAAGCACUAUCUUCACGAUUUACAUUGAUACAAGGCCCUCCAGGACAACUUCAUCUGGAGCUGAGAUCAAAAAACCUUUGUCCAAAUAUGGUGAGAAUGUACGGGAGUUCCAUAGAAAAUACGGUCUAUCCGAUACCAGGCAGGGACUACAUCAAUCGGACGUCUUGUAGAGACAACCGACCCGACCCGGACUUAGCAGAUGUUUCACUCCAUAACUUGGUAAGAAAAGACGGUAAACCAUUUGCAUCAGAAUUAAAGCAGCUAGAUAAACUCUUUCAAAAAAAUCCAGAAGAAGUUGAUCCUGAAAAGAUUAUUGAGUAUAUGAAGAUACUCAGCAAAGCUACUCAGGAAGAGCUCAAGCAUUAUGACGUCAUUUUCUGCACAACUUCCGUUGCAACAAAUCCGAAACUUCUUAAAGCUACAAAAGGAAAGGUCUUUCAAUUGAUUAUUGACGAAGCAGGAAUGUGCACUGAACCAGAAACAAUCGCUCCAAUUAUUGCAACGGAAGCAGAACAAGUAGUUCAUAUUGGAGAUCACAAACAACUUCAACCAAUCAUCAUUUGUCCCGAGGCUGGUAGACUGGGGCUUUCCAAAACUUUAUUUGAACGGUAUUCUGACAAUGCAGUGUUCUGA